AAAAACUGUUACUUUAACAAAAGUGUAAGCAUUCUUAAAAAAUUGCUCUUAUCUAUUAACUAAUGAAUGAAUAUAAAACAUGUAGUAUGUUCUAAGUUCCCUAUUAAAAACUUAUCAACAUUGUGUUCCAAAGUGCUUGCCUAGGAAUGGGAACUCUCCAAGGUAAACUUUUCCAAGGGCUCAUCGUUACCACUAACUGUAGAAUCCUCAAAAAGCAAGGAUUCCUUUCGAUUUAGGUUGUGGUUGGUCAUCAAUAUGUACAAUAAAUACAAAUUUAUUUCAUUUGUGCCUCUAAAAUAUACUCUUUUUCCCUAAAGGGAAAAAUAGAUUGGAGUGGUUUAGGCAUACCCACUAUUAUUUAAAGGUUCAGGAGAUAGAAGUAUAGAUAUGAAAAAUGCUCUACCCUUUCUCAAUGGAAACAAAGCUGUAGACAUGGAAUAAUAUGAAAUCAAAUGGUAAUAAAUACCUGACAUAAUCUGGUAAGAAGGAGAGCUUCACCUAGGUGUUCAAGUUAAAUCAGCAAGAAUUGUUGGGACUCUUUUCUUUGUAUUGCUUUCGGACAUCACAGAUCAGGCCGUAUUCAUACUCAAGGGUAUUAGAAUAGCUUAGAGUUUGAGGCAGAAAAAGGACAUGGUAUUAUUAGUUUUUGUACUAUUUGGUGACAGACUGUUGAAGCAUCUAGUUUAUUUAGUAAUAGAGGCUCUUUAAAUGUAAACUCAUCUUUCCUGAGAAAUGGACCUUUAUGUAUAUUUGGCAGCAGGACUACUGUAUUGGUGAAUUGUACAGUAGUCCCUUCUGAAGGAAGGUAUAAGGCUAAUAGAAAUACUCUCCCCCAGAGAAACAGAGGAGGUCACCAAGGAAACUAAUGACCCAACUGGAAGUAGAACCUGGAAGUCUGGAACUGAGUCUACAUGCUAUACUGGUUGAGACUUCCUCUGCAAGUUCCUGUUGUUGGUCUUUUUGUUAUUGUUGUUUGUUUCCCUUUGUUUUCUUUUUUGAUCUCCUAGUUGUACCUCCUCUUUUCCCCAAAUCUUCCCUUGACUGAAAAAACUAUUCACUUCCGCAAGUCUCACCACUGUUUUCGUUCAGUUAUACACAAGGAUAUUCAUUGUUCUUACCUAUGGUGGGAGUCCUUCUAAAAGCCUCUCUGACUUCACGUUAAGAAUGGUGCAGAAACUCAGCUAUUGAGGUAUUUUUCCCUCCUGACAAUAAAAAUGUUUGGUCUCAAGGCUGUAAGUUGGAAGCAGUGGCUCCUGCUGGGCUGGAAUCCUUGGAACCAGGAUGUCAUUGGGCUGAUGGUAGGUGGGCUGUGUCACAGGGCUGAUGGCUUGUAUACCUACAGGAGGAGUUCUCUGGCCACACCGUUGGUACAGCAGCUCCUUCCAGGCUCAUUCAUGGAACAGGCAUGGCGGCAGUCUUGGAGAAGAGUGCCAGCCCCGGUCAGAGAAAAUGUCAAAGAAAUUUUUGGACAGACUACUAUUCAUCAUCAUAUCCCUUUUAACUGGGACUGUGAGUUUAUCCGACUGCAUUUUGGGCAUAACCGGAAGAAGCAUCUUAACUACACAGAGUUCACACAAUUUCUUCAGGAGCUACAAUUAGAACAUGCAAGACAAGCCUUUGCACUGAAAGAUAAGAACAAAAGUGGCCUGAUUUCUGGGCUGGAUUUCAGUGACAUCAUGGUUACCAUUCGGUCUCACAUGCUUACGCCGUUCGUGGAGGAGAACUUAGUUUCAGCAGCUGGAGGAAGUAUCUCACACCAGGUUAGCUUCUCCUACUUCAAUGCAUUUAACUCCUUACUGAAUAACAUGGAGCUUGUUCGUAAAAUAUAUAGCACUCUAGCUGGCACAAGAAAAGAUGUUGAAGUCACAAAGGAGGAAUUUGCCCAGAGUGCCAUACGCUAUGGACAAGUCACCCCACUGGAAAUUGACAUCCUAUACCAGCUUGCAGACUUAUAUAAUGCUACAGGGCGUUUGACUUUGGCAGAUAUUGAGAGAAUAGCCCCACUGGCUGAGGGUGCCUUACCUUACAACCUGGCAGAACUUCAGAGACAGCAAUCUCACGGGUUAGGCAGGCCUGUCUGGCUCCAGAUUGCCGAGUCUGCUUACAGAUUCACUCUGGGCUCGAUUGCUGGAGCUGUGGGAGCCACUGCAGUGUAUCCUAUAGAUCUGGUGAAGACCCGCAUGCAAAAUCAGCGUGGCAGUGGCUCUGUUGUAGGGGAGCUGAUGUACAAAAACAGCUUUGACUGUUUUAAGAAAGUCUUGCGGUAUGAGGGCUUCUUUGGACUAUACCGAGGUCUGAUACCACAGCUUUUAGGGGUUGCUCCAGAAAAGGCCAUUAAACUGACUGUUAAUGAUUUUGUCCGGGACAAGUUUACUAAGAGAGAUGGAUCCAUUCCACUUUUCGCAGAAAUCUUGGCUGGAGGUUGUGCUGGAGGCUCCCAGGUCAUCUUUACUAACCCGCUGGAGAUAGUGAAGAUUCGCCUGCAGGUGGCUGGAGAGAUCACCACAGGACCCAGAGUCAGCGCCCUGAGUGUGCUCCGGGACCUGGGCCUUUUUGGUCUGUAUAAGGGUGCCAAAGCGUGUUUCCUCCGAGACAUUCCCUUCUCUGCAAUCUAUUUUCCUGUUUAUGCUCAUUGCAAGCUACUCCUGGCUGAUGAAAACGGACACGUGGGAGGUUUAAAUCUCCUUGCAGCUGGAGCUCUGGCAGGUGUGCCUGCUGCUUCUCUGGUGACCCCUGCUGAUGUCAUCAAGACAAGACUGCAAGUGGCUGCCCGUGCUGGCCAGACGACCUAUAGUGGUGUUAUUGACUGUUUCAGGAAGAUACUCCGGGAGGAAGGGCCCUCCGCGUUUUGGAAAGGAACAGCAGCUCGAGUGUUUCGAUCCUCUCCCCAGUUUGGUGUUACCUUGGUCACCUAUGAACUUCUCCAGCGGUGGUUUUACGUUGAUUUUGGAGGCCUCAAACCCUCUGGCUCAGAACCGACACCUAAGUCGCGCAUCGCAGACCUGCCUCCUGCCAAUCCUGAUCACAUCGGUGGAUACAGACUCGCCACAGCCACUUUUGCUGGCAUUGAAAACAAGUUUGGCCUUUAUCUUCCCAAAUUUAAGUCUCCUAGUAUUGCUGUAGUUCAGCCAAAGGCAGCAGCAGCAACAGCUCAGUGAGGAGAUGACUGUUGAAUGUGGCAGAAUGGUGCCCUGAAGAGAGAGGCCUGGGAGAGCAGCCCUGUAACGUAUCCAGUCAGCUGCAUGGUGCUGGCUGAGCUGAGGAGUCAGACUAUUCUUUCUAUAUGACAUAUACAUAUAUCUGUUUAUAAAGUAAUCAUUGGCCCCGGGGGAGAAAACACAACGCAGUUUCAAGCUUUAGUCUUAUGUGUUGAAAUGUUUUUCUAAGCCUUGGCAUGAAUUUUAGUGUCCUAGAUUCUGCACAGCUUGCACUUACAGUGACUGUACAUAUUGUACAUCUUUGUACAGAGACACCUUGGCACUUCAUCCCAACAAAUCACAUUUAUAGAAAUGUAAUGCAGUUCUGAGUGGCUUGAAAUGUACAGAAUGUUUUGAAAGUGUUUUAUUAAGAAUCACAUGAAAAUAAAUGUAUUAAAAUUAAAUUCAUUCUCUUAUUGGUGACUUAUAGAAGUAAAGCAUCAAUAUUGGAUGUAUUUAAUUCACAGUUUGUUUUCCAUUCUGGAAUAAAAAGGUAUUUGCUGAUAAAAGGCAUAAUGAGACCUAGUGCUGACACCAUUGAAUAAUAGGUACUUUGGAAAGAUGCAUGCCAGUGGAUGCUGGAGGACCAGGCUGAUGACUUGUGUGUGCUGAUGUGUUUCCAUUUGUAUUUAAUGUGUGUGUAGAUAAUCCUCUGUUCAUCAAUCAAAAGGCAUUUCCUAGACAGCCUCUCUCUUGUCAGCGCGCAUAUGGAAACAGGAAUGUCUCCAGCAGUACUGGCUUAGUUUUGCCUUCCUCUGACACAGCAAGGGUGAGGGCCAGGCUUUGGAAAGAGUAAAGAAUACUUUGGCAGUUUCCCUUCAUAUGGAUAUGAUUCCAAUCAAAAAUAAAAUCAACACCAAAAUGUAUGCAUGGAGUUGGAUUUUCCUUCAUAAAUAUACCGAUAUUGCUUUUUGUUCUGAUGCAGUACUGAUUCCAAGUAUCUCGUGAUCAGGUUUGCCCUUGCUGUCACCUUUAUAGGAAACAGUUUGGGUUGGAAGGGCUACAGUGGAGAGAAGGGAGGGAAGGAGAGAGAGAAGAAAGCUCCAUCAUGGGAUUUAGUUCAGUCUGGGUUCUUAUGAAUCCAAAUGAAAACUACUUAUUCCAGAAGUCAGUCACCAAAGGUGUGAUUACUAAUUUGAAUCUGAACAUGCAUCUUGACAGCCACAUCCACACAUUGCUAUGGUUAUGAUUUGAUAUGUAGCACCAGAGUUUUACUGUAGCAAAGUGCUUUGGGGCCAGUGAGCCAAGAUAUGAGAAUGUAUGCAAAUUAUUUCCAAGGGGCGAGUCUGGAGAGAGAGCAAGUCACUUAGUAUCCAACACAGCGCUCAUCAAUUGAUGACUGACAGCACCUGUAGCCACAACUAUAGGCUCUCCCAAGGCUCCCCAGGAACAAAAGAAUUUGCUUUGAAAGCAAGUUAUUUCCAAAUGUAUAAGGUUGUUUUUAUUAGAAUGGGGCAAAUAAUACAGUUGUUCAGCUACUACCACUUGUUAAAAAUACACAAAUAAUAAAUUGAUACAUUCUUACACAAGAUUCACCUGAUGUAUAUGUAUAGAGCGUAGGAUAUGGAAGUGCCCUAUUUUCUCUCCACCACUGCUAACAGUUCAGAGUAUAAAUUUGUAAUGUAUUUCAUACAUCUAUAUAAACAUGUUGUUAGGUGCUGUUGAGUUGGUUCCGACUCAUAGCAACCCUAUGCACAACAGAACAAAACA